AGAUUUUUGUACGUCGUUGUGAUCGUUGUGAUCGUCCCGCGGAACUCAGUAGAGCGUCGAAAACGCAACGGAAGUGAUCGAAAGGCGACGAACGGGCGAGAAUUCGAAAAGAUUCGAUCGAUUCGAAGAAAAAUUUUUUAAUCUGGAGAAAGAUACAUCGAUCGACUACUCGCUUUGGUAUAAUUCUUCUUUAAAAAAAACGGCAUUAUGGAGAAGAAAAGUAUUGCGCGGGCGAUUCAAAAGAGCUUGAACGGAGGAACGAGGAGGCGGCGCGUUCGUUGGCUAUACGGAUUCAUUGCACUGAUCAGCGUCACGAUGUUCAUCCUGUUCUGGUAUACAAACGUGUUUCACGAUGCGAUCCUCUCCAAUCUUGAGUUAAGGAACGGCACUUUGUCCUUCCUGUUCUGGCAAAAGCCGCCUGUCAACCUUGAAAUCAAGAUCUACGUUUUCAAUUACACGAACGUGCGCGAGUUCGAGAGCGGGAACGCGACUAAAUUGAAGGUGGAGGAGGUUGGGCCGUUCAUCUAUCGGGAGAAUUUGAGCAGGAUGAAUGUCGAAAUUCACGAGAAUGGCACGAUCACGUAUCAGGAAAAGAAAACCUAUGAAUGGAUAUCUGGUAAAUCGGAGAAUGAAAAGGUGAUUGUACCUAACGUGAUGUUGAUGUCGACGCUCGCGUUUUCUCGAAAUCUUAGUUACCUGUUUCAAAUCGGGUUGACCAUGUUCCUCUCGAGGAUACGUGCAGAACCGUUCCUCGAAUUAUCGGUCGGUCAAUACCUCUGGGGUUAUGAGGACGAACUGUACGAAAUGGCCAAACAAUUCUCAUCGUUACGCUCGGUCUUUAUUCUGGAUAAAUUUGGACUUCUCGCCUUCGAUAACGGUUCAAGUUCGGAUCGCAUCACGAUACACUCAGGAACUGAUAAUCUUGGGAUAAUCGAGCGAAUCAACGGGCUUGAAAAUUAUCAGAUUUGGGGAGAUGAAAAAUGCGAUCGAAUCUAUGGUACCGAUGGCAGUAUGUUUCCACCGCAUUGGAUCAAACAGCCGAAUAAGACGCUCUUCAUUUACGCGAAAGAUUUCUGCAGGAAAAUGCCUUUUCAUUACGAUCAUCGUAAUUUUUCUAACGGUAUACCCACCUUGAGGUACAAAUUACCGAGCAACGUUUUUACGUCGACUCGCAACAAAGACUCGUGUUUUUGCCCGAAGGAGUCGCACGAUUCAAUCAUCAGAACAUGUCCCCCAACCGGAACGCUCAACGUUUCUGCCUGCAAGUUUGGGACACCGAUGAUCGCUUCCUUCCCUCAUUUCUACUUGGGCAAUGAAUCGUUGUUCGAAAAAAUCGUCGGGCUGGAACCUCGACAAGAACGUCACGAAAGUUACAUCGAUCUUCAUCCGCGUUUAGGAAUCACGGUGAAUAUGAACAUGAGACUGCAAAUGAACGUAGAGGUACGAAAAGCGAUCGGCAUUCCGUUCUCAGGAAAUCUCGAAGAUGGAUUGAUUCUACCGUUGAUAUGGCUCGAUACCGGGAUAGGCGAAAUACCCGAGUCGCUUCGACAGAUUUUGUAUCGAAGUCACUACAUGGUGAAUGCCAUCGAAGCAGUUCUUCAAUGGUGUAGCCUGAUCGGCGUGAUCAUCUCGUUCGGCGUUCUUUUUACCAAGAUGAAGAAAGAAAGAUCGAGACAAACGAAAGAAUCGAUCGAGACGAAACUGGACUCGAAACUCGAUCGACCGGUCCCAGAAACUGAACUCAAUCGAUUGUAACGGGACGAUCGUGGAUGACGAUAUUAUGCAUCGCGUGUUUCAACGACUUCACCGAGGAUACGGCAUCAAUACGACCUAAUUUAUUGUUAAUUCCUUUACCUUGGCCAAUUGAUUCCUUUUCUCGAUGCUCAUCACGCUCUGAAUAGCUUGGAACAGAGAGAGAGAGAGA